AUGGCAUCAUCAGAGGCAUUCACAUUCAUUACAGAAAGCAAAGACUUGGCGCCUCAGUUCUUUGGACCGUAUCUGGAUCGUACGGGGGCCAAGGUGGCAGACCUGCAGACGCACCUCCUCACAGAUUUGAGAAGGCAAUACCCUGAACUCAUCAUUUCCAUCAUUCCAGCUGGGAAUGUCAACCUGCUAGCCUUUGCUGCUGCGGGUUUUGCCCAGGCUGAACUAGACUUGGACGAUGAGCCAAUCGUCCGUUGGAGAGGCUACUCACCGCCACGCACUCGCCACGGAUCUGGUGCUCUGGCGGAAUCGAGAUUCUUUGCCAAGUACCGGUACAAGUGGAACAAUGAGGAUUUCAUAUUAUACAGCGUCAUUGUUGGAAUUCAGAGUCUGCAAUAUGUCUUGAAAGAACCGCAUGGCUCCGAAACGACCCUGUCCAACUCGGCCAUUGUCGAUAAAUUGAUCUUGGCAAUUGGAGAAUGGUACACUGUAGACGAGGACAUCAUUUAUGUGUACGAUGGUUACUGGUCGGCAUCAAAGACUCUGUGGAAACAAGUGCAGGAUGCCAGCUGGGACAAGGUCAUUCUGGAUCCCAAGAUGAAAAAGGACCUAGUCGAGGUGAGUGGAAAGUUCUUUGACAGCAAGGACAUUUAUGACGAGUACGGCGUGCCUUGGAAACGAGGCCUCAUCUUUCACGGCCCCGUGGGCAACGGCAAGACAAUUUCAAUCAAGGCUCUCAUGCACACUCUCAAUCAACGGAAGCAAAAGAUUCCUUCGCUGUACGUCAAGAAUGCAUCCCAGACGUACAAUAUCCGUAACGUCUUUCAAUUUGCUCGAUCAAUGAGUCCGUGUCUGCUGGUGUUGGAAGACAUUGAGACCAUUGUGACGCCCAAUACUCGGUCCUACUUUUUCAACGAAGUAGAUGGGUUGGAAAACAAUGACGGCAUAUUAAUGGUUGCAACUACCAACUACCUCGAUCGCCUCGAUCCCGGUCUUUCCAAGCGUCCAAGCCGCUUUGAUAGGAAAUAUCUAUUUCCACUGCCCAAUCUGAACGAGCGGGUCUUGUAUUGCCAAUUCUGGCGGCGCAAGCUCGACGGUAAACCGGAUGUUGACUUUCCCGAGUCCUUGUGCCUACCCAUUGCCAAGCUCUUAGACGACUUUUCAUUUGCCUACAUGCAGGAAGCUUUUGUGGCGACACUCCUUAUUCUAGCAAGAGGCUCGGAGAGUAGUGCCUCGAUCAAUUGCCUUUUCAAUGACCCGAAUCAGUACAGAUUCUACCGAAUCAUCAAGGAGGAGGCACAGAUGCUUCGCGAGGACAUGGACAAGUCGGAGAUUACUCCCCCUGUUCCGCUUGUGGCGCCGAAUACGAGCUACUCGGGCCCCUGGACAGCCACUCCAGGCACAUCACUUGCAGACCAGCACGCUAUCAAACAUGACCAAGAGCUUGUGAAUCUUCCCGGCCGACAUAGUUUCCAAAGCGAUCCCAACACUGCAGCUGUCCGGAGUCUUGUUCAGUAUUUCUCUGUCCGGCUGUGA